GCGGUUAAGCGCGCUCACCAUGCGUGGGUAGUUGUAGAGCCUUAUACACAAGGCUGCAAUCAGUGUGGGUUGAGGUUGUUUGAGCUAACCGCAUCGGGUGUGCACGUCAGCUCUUGCGAGCCGCCGAGAGGCUCGCAAUCGACAUACAACAGACGUCAGUCACGAUCCAGCAUACUCUGUAGCCGCCGCGCUCCAAUACGAUUAAAACGAUAGAGCACUGAGAGAUACGUCCAAUUCUAUCGCCACGAGGAAACGACGAAAGAGACGCAUAGCAGGUCCACACGUCACAACCGCCAAGGUGCCUACCUUCACAAUGACAGCUGGUCUCAAGACCAUCAUAGCCCUCUCCUUCGUCCUCGCCGUAGGCUUCCUCCUGGUCAUCCUCUCAUGCGCCCUCUGGCACGCCUACUACCCGCUUCUCGUCGUCGCCACCUACGUUAUCGCACCUCUCCCGAACUGGAUAUGCUUGCGGUGCGCGAAUCCUGACGACUUCGGCGCGGAGGGCGGCGGCAAUGCGAUUUUAGACUUUGGGAAGUUCGUUACGGGUGGGCUGGUUGUUAUGGGUAUUGCACUGCCGGCAGUACUUGCACACUCUGCAAUUAUCACCAUCCCAGCCAUGAUAAUGUCCAUCAUCGGCGGCCUCCUCAUCUACGGAACCAUCGUUACCUUCGGGAUGUUCUUCCAAGAGGAGCAGGAGUUCUAAGUCGUAGGCGCGGCUUCGUGGAGGUAGACGCACAGGAAGGAUUUCGAUUAUGGAUGGGACGGAGGGAUGUGGAUAUCAGAGGCACGAUGGACUUGGUACCGUGUAUCAUUAGCAUCAUGUCACCUAAAGCGAUCAAUUUGCGAAUUUAAUGAAUUGAAAACUACUCUACAAGGGUAAUCGUUCUUACAAUAUAUUGGGC